CGCAGGAGCAGGCACUGUGCAUCUGAGCAUGUGAAAGUCCUCGCUACCGAUAUUCCUAUCCAAUCUGUCCGCAAAAUCCUCACGAAUCUCGCGAUAUAUUAACGGCCGCAUCAACAUCGGAACACCUUCCUUGACAUCAUGUUUCACUCGUCGAAGCCAUACACCGCCGUGACGGUGCAAAUCGAAGUCCUCACUAGCGAACAAUACGAUGUCGAAGACUCGAGCGGCAUUGUUGAUUUGAUUGAAGCCGUCCGCAUACAAGCCAGCGGACCUCGGGAAGCCAGUCGCGCCUUGCGCAAGAAGCUCAAGUAUGGCAAUCUCCACCGCCAACUCCGAGCCCUUACGAUCCUGGACUUCCUGAUACAGAACACCGGCGAUCGGUUCCUGCGCGAAUUCGCGGACGAGCCAUUGUUGGAGCGCCUGCGCAUUGCCGCUACUGACCCAGUCUCGGAUCUCUUGGUCAAACAGAAGUGCAAGCAAUUAUUCGGACAAUGGGCGGCGUCGUACAAGGACACUCCCGGCAUGGAACGGGUGACAGCGCUCUACCGUCAGCUACCCAAGCGCAAGCAACCGGCCACCCAGGCCAAGGCCAAGGUGCUGCGGGACUCAGCCACAUCCGACGAGCCCGUGCUAGGACAUACCGUCUCCGUCUCGGCCGGCAACGGGCCCGCGACGGUCCUCAGUGGGCCGAAACACAAACACACAUCAAGCCGCUCGUCGCGGAAGGAGAAGAAGGAGAAGAAGACGCUCAGCCGCACAUUCAGCCUGGACAAGGAGAAGCCGGACGUUCUCCAGACCUUGGCAUCGGCCUCGGUCGCCAGCACGAACCUCCUCAACGCGCUCAAACUGGUCAACCGCGAGACGCACCGGGUCAGCGAAGAUGCAGAGGUGCUCAACCGGUUUGAGACCUGCAAGACCCUGCGACGUCAGAUCCUGCGAUACAUCCAGCACGUGGAGAGCGAGGAGUACCUCGGCAGUUUAAUUCAUGCGAACGAGGAGCUGGUCACCGCGCUGAUGGCCUUCGAGGUCCUGGAUAAGAGCGUCGACUACGACAGUGACAGUGACCAGGACGUGCUGGAGAGUGGCUGGACCCCGGAUCGCGACGACCUCCCCGAAUCCUUCGCGGGUUUGACCGUCAACCCGCCCAAGCCGCCGCGCCCGCCGCGCCCGCUCAGCAUGUCCGUCCCCUCCUCGUCAUCGAGGAGAAAGACCUACAGCGACAGCGACUCCGACACGGACGAGGAUGACGAUGACGAGAACAAUCCGUUCGGGGACCGAAACGAGAUCCGGACCCCUGCUUUUGAAAGAAGCGAACCUACCUGGAAGGAAGUCUGAAGUUCCAUGUCUGUUUGUGCAAGUGUGUUUCAUCAAAGAAGGACGGCGUUGCUUUCUUUUCUCCUUCUGGCGCUUGAA